AUGUACAGGAAAGGUAGCGGUCAGCAUAGUUCAGAAGAACCAACCUGUGCAGGAAAAGUAGUGGUCAGCAUAGUUCAGAAGAACCAACCUGUGCAGGAAAGGUUCAUUCUUCUGAACUAUGCUGUCUACAACCCUGUGAUGGGCUACACGCAAGGUAUGUCAGACCUUUUGGCUCCUAUUCUGACUGAACUACGAGAUGAAGCUGAGACAUUCUGGUGUUUCGUUGGUCUCAUGCAAUGCACCAUCUUUUUCAGUUCCCCUAAGGAUACAGACAUGGAGAUAAACCUGAACUACCUGCGUGAACUUGUGAGACUAAUGGUACCAGAAUUUGACUGUCAUCUUCAGCAUCAUGCAGAUGGUAUGGAGCUACUCUUUGCUCAUCGAUGGAUCCUCCUCUGUUUUAAGCGGGAGUUUCCUGAGUCUCAGGCUCUGAACAUGUGGGAGGCAUGCUGGGCUCACUAUCAGACUGACUAUUUCCACUUGUUUCUUUGUGUGGCCAUCAUCGCCAUCUAUGGUGAAGAUGUCAUAGCACAAGACCUGCGGACUGACGAGAUGUUACUGUAUUUUAGUAACCUGGCCAUGCAUAUGGAUGGAGAUCUUGUUUUAAGAAAGGCUAGAGGCUUACUCCACCAGUUCCGGCUUCUGCCGAAAAUACCUUGCACUUUGGCCAAAAUUUGUGAACUGUGUGGUCCAGGAAUGUGGGACAGCGGGUAUGCUCCGGUAGUGGAAUGUGUGGGUAACCAUGGUAACCAUUCAUGCCCCCACGGAGGGCAUGAUCCAGCCCUGAAGUAUAUGUGAAAGAAGUUUAACGUGUUAACAGAUCCGUGGUCGUUAAUGUGUUAACAGACCUGUGGUCGUUUCACUUUCUUCUUUUUUAUGAUGGUGAAAAAUGUUUCUGUAAUCUCUGAUGUGGCAUGAAACCAUAACAAAAUUAAGAGAUUUUUCUUCUCAUUAUAGAACAUUGUUGUAAGCCAUGAUAACAGCCAGAAAAAUAUUUUAUGUGUUUCAAGCGAUUAUAUACUGUUUUUUAAACCUUUAAUUAUUUUUUUUUAUUUUUCUCGUCACUGGGAACAUUCACAGGUUUAUAUCUCUUUCGUGUAAAUGUUAAAACAUUGCUAAUAGUAUUAAUCUUUUAUUUGUUUUUUUGUGCACGUGUUUAUAUAGAUACGCAUAAGAUUGUUUUCUUGUGAAAGGUAGAUGCAUAUAUUUGAAGUCGUGUUUCGAGCAUGAUUAAGAUGAAUACAAGAUUUACAUAAAAAAAUUUUAAACUAUAUCAAUAUAAAUAAUAGUAGUAAUAAAUGUCUUUGUUUUUUUUAUAAAAUAUGAACAGUUAUUUCAAACCAUUCCAGACAUGCUUGAUACAAAAAUUAAAUGUAAUUUAAGUUACUAAUCUAAGGGAGGAAGAGAAUCCAAGUUUGUAUGGUUAGCCAAUCCCAUGUAGAGUUAGUUCAUUAGAUAACACCUAGUAAGACAGUGUUAAUACAAGCUAAUGAAAGAAGUGAUGAAUAUUGGAUGUGUGGACAUUAGAGAGAGAAUUUAAAAAAGGAAGACCUUUCUAUCAAAAAACAGCCUGAAAGAAUUGUGAAGAUUUUUCAGUUGAAGAGCUAUUCACUUGUUCUCGUACGUUUUGUAGGUAAUUAACAUCUGUAGUUAUUAUUCAUUAUUAAAUAUUAAUGAGUAUAAUGAUUACCUAUUUAAUAAAAUUUAUUUUACCAUCGAAAAGCUAAUUUUCUGUGGUUACCAUACCAACAGUGUUUUUAGUAAUGAGAGUUUUAUGUCAGAUGAACAUGUGUGAGUUUUAGGUAGUAGCCUGUUUAAAUCCUUGGUCGAAAGGUACAAAA